AUGGCGAGCGAGCUAGCAAAUCUGAGGCUGUUUGGUUCAGAGCCUCAGCUCGCCACGCCUAAGCCCUUCUCUCUCCUGACCGAUCCAACUGAGAAGGAGCUCGCCGCUACAAUCGACCUUCUCUUCCCUGGAUUUCCUAGUCUAGCAGCUGCUUGGUUUUGCCUCUCUUGCAUCUACGAGAUGCAAGAGCUAUUCACAGGCACUAGUGCUGAUGGUUCUUUGGCCAUGGACCAUCAUACAUGCACAAUUGAUUCUCAUGACUCGGAUAAUGAUGAAGGGUUGUAUGACCUUAAUUGCUAUCCACAAUAUGACUAUAUGAGGGCCCUUUUGAGGAGGAUUCUGACACUUUGCCAACAACAUAUGGUCUUAAAAGACCUCCAGUUCAUGUACGUGCUGAUAAUUCCUCAUCUAGCACUAGCCGAGUUGUCACUCCAGCAAUCUCUUGCUGCCCCUGCUCCUCAAAUGCCCCAAGUUAUUGACCCAUAUGCUAGUUUAUGGCACAGGUUGGAGGUACUCCCAAUUACCAUGGAUCAAAGAGUUACUAUUGGUAUGCACUUGUCUAGCAAGAACAAUGAAGGUUUGCGUGGUUGGUUAUGUUGUGCAAGUGACAAAACUUUUGAAACUUGGGUCUGGAAGUUCUUUGACAAAGAUGAUGUUUAG